GGGCCGCGCGCCGAGCCCCGCUGGCUGCAGCGCCGCGGCCCGGCCGGGAGCUCGGGCAAGUCGGCCGGGAGUUGAGGCGAAGUUCGGGCGGCCGAGCUCCCGUCCGCGCCCAGCCCCGCCGGGGGCGCCCCUCGCCGCCCGCGCGCCCGCCCCAGCCAUGUCGUCCAUCCUGCCCUUCACCCCCCCGAUCGUGAAGCGCCUGCUGGGCUGGAAGAAGGGCGAGCAGAACGGGCAGGAGGAGAAGUGGUGCGAGAAGGCGGUCAAGAGUUUGGUCAAGAAGCUCAAGAAGACCGGGCAGUUGGACGAACUGGAGAAGGCCAUCACCACGCAGAACGUCAACACCAAGUGCAUCACCAUCCCCAGGUCCCUGGAUGGCCGGCUGCAGGUGUCCCAUCGGAAGGGGCUCCCGCAUGUCAUCUACUGCCGCCUGUGGCGAUGGCCCGACCUGCACAGCCACCACGAGCUGCGGGCCAUGGAGCUGUGUGAGUUCGCCUUCAACAUGAAGAAGGACGAGGUCUGCGUGAAUCCCUACCACUAUCAGAGGGUAGAGACCCCAGUUCUACCUCCCGUGUUGGUGCCACGCCACACAGAGAUCCCGGCCGAGUUCCCCCCGCUGGACGACUACAGCCAUUCCAUCCCCGAGAACACUAACUUCCCCGCGGGCAUCGAGCCCCAGAGCAAUAUUCCAGAAACCCCACCCCCUGGCUACCUGAGUGAAGAUGGAGAGACCAGUGACCACCAGAUGAACCACAGCAUGGACGCAGGUUCUCCAAACCUCUCCCCGAAUCCGAUGUCCCCAGCACACAAUAAUUUGGACCUUCAGCCUGUCACCUACUGCGAGCCGGCCUUCUGGUGCUCCAUCUCCUACUACGAGCUGAACCAGCGCGUGGGGGAGACCUUCCACGCCUCGCAGCCCUCCAUGACGGUGGACGGCUUCACCGACCCCUCCAACUCGGAGCGCUUCUGCCUCGGCCUGCUCUCCAACGUCAACAGGAACGCGGCCGUGGAGCUCACGCGGAGGCACAUCGGGCGAGGCGUGCGGCUGUACUACAUCGGCGGGGAGGUCUUCGCAGAGUGCCUCAGCGACAGUGCCAUCUUUGUCCAGUCUCCCAACUGCAACCAGCGCUACGGCUGGCACCCGGCCACAGUCUGCAAGAUCCCCCCAGGGUGCAACCUGAAGAUCUUCAACAACCAGGAGUUUGCCGCCCUCCUGGCUCAAUCCGUCAACCAGGGCUUCGAGGCGGUCUACCAGUUGACGCGGAUGUGUACCAUCCGCAUGAGCUUCGUCAAAGGCUGGGGAGCAGAAUACAGGAGACAGACAGUGACCAGCACCCCCUGCUGGAUCGAGCUGCACCUGAAUGGGCCCUUGCAGUGGCUUGACAAGCGGCGCCGACCUGUUUUCCAAAACACAAAAGCAAACCCAGAGAUGGAUUUUAUGAACAGCUGUGUCUGCUGAACACAUCUGCCCUUUGGCCCCAAUUUGAAGGGCAAGAAAUGGCUUCUGCUCUGGUGGCUUGAGCAAACAGGUAGUAGUUCACCACCUGCCCCCCCCCCCCCAGCCCCCUUCUGUUUUAAUGACAGCAAUCUAGGAUGUCACUGUUCAGCAGGACAUGGCCCUCGGCUCCAGACUGGAGUGUGAAGCUCACCUUGGGUGUUCUAGGUAGGGUGGAGCCUGCAAGGGCAUGAGCAAACCUCAGGCCCAGCCCUCUGCCACUUUUAACGAACACUUCAACUGAGCAUUCCUGAGCCCCAGCCUUCCAGCAGACCUUGCACCCCAGGAGUGGGCCUGACUGGGGCUGGGGAGGCGGGCUCAUCGGUCUCCUCUCCUCACAGAGCAGACUGAUAAGUGUGAGCCAGUGCAUUCAGAACAUGCGCACGGGGACAGUGGGGAAAGCUGGUGAGACACCUCCUCUCUUACAUUUGUCCUUUCUCAACUUCAAACGGUUGGGAGAUCUGCUGAGGCUCGGCGCUUAUGCAAUGUAUAGUUUAUCUUCUUGUGUUAAUCUCAGAGAUUGGAAUUACGUGAAGUAGUCACAUGAAGCAGGAGGCAGCUGUCGCAUCACAGCAUCUGAGCUAAGGCAGCAUGACAUGGCGUGGGUCUCCAGUCAUCUGUAAGAGCUCACUUGCUAUUCUUACGCAUCUAGCUAUCUUGGUUUACCUAGUCAGUUGCAUUAAUUAAAUGAGCUUGAUCAGUACGCUCGUUUAAACGUUUAUUUUAUAUUAAAAAAAAAAUCCUGGGUUUGGCACACUGAUUGGGAAGCCCGUGUGGAGGGGGCCAGCAACCUCUCUCUCAAGGUGAAGCUUUUUCAAGUUUUGUUGAGAAGACACUUGCCAGCACCUCUGGGAACUGAAAUCAACAGAAGCAAAUUCACCAGGAGGGAAAAAUCGCAGGCCAACGCAGGCCAAUGAAAAGGGCUACUAAAUUUUUUUUACACUUUUGAAAAUUGCAGGCUUGGUGCACAGAGGUCUGCUGUCUUUCCCCUGGGACGUAAGAUUAUCUAGCUCAUGGCAGAGGAUCAUCAGUGACAACUCUAGCAGCUAUAUUGUGUAUAAGAAGUAAUGCUCCCAGUGGCAAUUAGUGAGGAAACUAUUAUAAAUUAUUUCAACUGGAAAAAAAAGCCCUCCUUUUCUACUGGCCUUUUGCAGGAUCCAGCAGACAGAGUUGCCCCUUGCAAUUGGUACUUUAUCCCUUGUUGCUGUUUUUUCUAUGAAAUGACUUUAUCCCAUCUUUUUGCAUGGAUUUCUACCAGGAAAAGUAAAGGGAUUUCCUAUGGAAGUCCUGUCUUCUUCCAGGUGAAGGGGAGAAAGUAUGUACUUUGGGCAGGUCUGUAUCUCAAAUGUGAUGACGUUUCUGAUGCCUUAUGGAGAUGUUGGGGCUUUCUGAUGCCUCCCCGACAAGAUCCAAAUGCCUCUGCAGCUCUAGCUGUAUGGUUUCCAGGUAGGAGAGUUGCUCUCCAUGCUCCCUGAGGACACAGGAAGAGACGGGAGGAGCACCUUGCCAGACCUAUAUGCUUAUCUUUUCACGGGGCUGUUGACACAGAACCGAGACACCACGCAACUCCUCUCUACCUGAGAGGAUCAAAUACUGCGGGUCCGAAGUUUGCCUGCUGUGACAUGAUCUGUGGACUGCUGCUUCCAGGAAGCCACCUGAACCUCUUGGAUGUGCAUUCCCGCUCCUGGUCAGGUCUGAGACUUGUGGUGUAUUCCAGCAUGACCUCUGCUCGUGCAAUCGUUAUGCCCUCCCUAAAAGCCAGGGCAGCGGUGUCUGCGGGCCUGCAUUCUCCACCGGCUUCCUGAUCCUGAGGCCUUCCUGGGGCACACAGCUGUCCUCCAGUUACUUGGGAACCAGCUUCAGGUACAGCACAGUUUGGGCGAUCCAGUGGCUGCGCUCGGACAGUGUCUCAGGACCCCCGAUGCUCAGAGCUGAAGGCUACUUUUAGGAGGCAUGACGUUUUAGUUUUGUGUUUCUCCAGAAGCCGCCUUGGCCCCUCUCCUUUCCAGACUAGACCCCUGGAGGAGGAGGUGAAAGUGUAGGGAAGCCCACCUCUGGAAGAAGUUCAGUCGUACCUAGAGGUGAGGACAGGCUGUCCUUCCCAUCCUCAAGGCUGCAGCAGUGUGUUGAGGCUUGUGUAACAUCAGUGUCCUUCAUUCAAGUCACAAAGCUUGUUUUCUUAGUUUGAAAAUCCUGUUGAAUGAAUGGCAUUUCCACGUUAAAAAAGAGCUUUCUAAAGAACAGUUGAUGGGGUCAAGAGAAAAUAGGGCCAUCUAAGGGGGGGUGGGUGUUGGAGAGCAGUUUGAAGUAGUUGUCAGGGCUCCCUGCCUCCCCCAGGAGCCGGCUUCUGUUCUCUUCCCUUUCCUCCCCCACCCUCCCCUUCCUAACUUUAGUAACUUAGGGCCUUCCAGCACAAGCAAAGUAGGUAGCUGCCCCAGCGGGUUCGGGUUACAGGCCUGUGCUGGAACAUCAUCUCAGUUGGCCACCUUCCUGGCGGGCUGUGGACGAGCUGACAUUUUGAGACAAGCCUGGAGUCAGGAGCAGGGACUUUGACUCUUCUCUGAGGAAGCACACACAUGAGGGCAAGGCUGCUGGCAGACUUUCCCGUCGUCCUCAUGUUGUCUGUUUUUUUUUUUUUUAUUGACCGUGGUGAUUAAUUUUUUAAAAAAUCAUUAAUGUAUUGGAAUUUGCUAUAGCACGUAUCUUGUGCUUAGUUUCUUUUCUCCAUCUUCCCUUGGCUUCCUAGAGUUUGGACAUAUUCCAGGGCUAAAUGCUUUUACUCAACUGCAGGAAAAGGCUUUAAAUGGUGUGUGCGUGUCGCACAUGCAUGUAUGUAGUCUGGGGAGAAGGCAGGUAGAGUUUCGCUCCGGGUCCCAAGCUGCCCUUCCUGAGGCUCUGUGACGGUCUCUGCAGGGCCAGAGCUCACCUGAGGCCCCUCUCUGUCGUCCUGAAGAAGGAUGAGGAAGGAAGAGGAAUCUGGGGACUGUUCACAGGCCGGUUUCCAAGGGGGUUACCAGUAGCAAGAGCGGGUGUGAUUGUAGUUCUAUACCCUAGAGCUCCGUGUGUUGUCCCCACUUUACUGGAAGAAAACCUCAACACAGCUGUGCUGUACCAUUUUUCUUUUUGUGGCAUGAAUGUUUCCUUCUAGAUCAUCCUUUUGAGGAGGAUCAACUGCUUCUCAAGAGGGUGGGGAAGCAAAACAUGUACACAAGAGGGUAUGGUUCCAACCAGAAGAGGAGGAGUCUGAUGGAAGGGUGGCAGUCCGUGGGGAGAUGACGCCGCACAGGCAACUGUCCAGAAACACAGCUCUCCCAUCAACUCGCCUACCGUGUAAACUGGAUUGAGAAACUUGCUCAGUGAUUCUGUAAUUGAUUUUUUUUUUAUGCUGAAGUAAUGUACACUCUAGCACUCUGGUGUUUUUAUAUUUAUGUAAUAAUUUCUUAAAACUGUUCAAGACAGAGAACUAUUUAAUUUUUUGGAGAAAGUUGGAAAGCAAAGGUCUCUCCUCCCCAGGGCCGUGGCUGGGAAGAGUCUGGGGCACAGCCAGGUCUGAAGGCUGGUGGAGGGCGCAGUGGCCCAGCAGCCAAAGCCACCACCCUGGGCUGACUAAACACGUGGCAGCCUGAGUCGCCUGUACGCCCUUUCCCGGGGGAGGGGGGGCUCCGAACCCAGCCCCUCUCCCUCCUGAGCGGUGAGAACUUCACCCAGAGGGCUGGAGCCAGAGCCACCUGCCCUUCUUCACUCACCUCCCUGCUGCUGUGGCAACUCGGCUGUUCCAGACUCUGUGGUGGUGUUGACAUGGGCAGGGGGGGUGGAAUGUGGAGGAUGGUGAUUGCCUUCACUUCUCAGCCAGCCUGACCUUUAAUACCUUUGUAAAAAGCAUGUACGUAUUUAUAGUGUUUUAGAUUUUUCUAACUUUUGUAUCUUAAGAGCAGAGCACCUGUUUAAACAUUGUACCCCUGUUAAAGAUCUGUGUCCUUGCUCUCUUUUCCCUGAAAGUGCCCAUCUAAUAAACUUUUCAUUGAAAAGCU